CAGGUCUCGCCUUCGCCCGGGUUGUGACAACCCGUGCGCCGGGUGAGGGGCGAGAGGAGAGGACACUUGGUGGCCUUGCUCGGAGCUUGGGCUGUGCUCACCCCCGAGCUGCCCCGGGGAGAAGGGCGGCGUUGGCUAGCGGGGAAUCGCUUUUUUGCUUAAGUCCUUCCUCGGAGCCAUCCCCCCAGUGCAAAUGAACGGUGUGUGUGUCGGCAGGAACGUGGGGCAAGGGUGAUACUGAUCAUGGACAGUGAAGAAAUCCCAACUUUUUCGAGUCCAAAGGAGGAAACUGCAUAUUGGAAAGAGCUUUCCUUGAAGUAUAAACGAAGUUUCCAGGAAGCUCGUGAAGAGCUGGCUGAAUUUCAGGAGGGAAGCAGAGAAUUGGAAGCUGAGUUGGAGGCUCAGUUAGUGCAAGCUGAACAGAGGAACAGAGAUUUGCAAGCAGAUAACCAAAGACUGAAGUGUGAAGUGGAAACGUUAAAGGAGAAACUGGAGCACCAGUAUGCACAAAGUUACAAGCAAGUGUCAUUGUUAGAGGAUGACCUGAGCCAGACUCGGGCCAUUAAAGAUCAGCUGCAUAAGUAUGUGAGGGAGCUGGAGCAAGCUAAUGAUGACCUGGAACGUGCAAAGAGGGCAACAAUAGUUUCAUUGGAAGACUUUGAACAAAGACUGAACCAAGCUAUUGAGAGAAAUGCAUUUUUAGAAAGUGAACUGGAUGACAAGGAAUCAUUGCUGGUUUCUGUGCAGAGAUUAAAGGAUGAAGCAAGAGACUUAAGGCAAGAGCUAGCAGUACGGGAGAGGCAACAAGAAGUCACCCGAAAGUCAGCACCCAGUUCUCCAACUCUGGACUGUGAAAAGAUGGAUUCUGCUGUCCAGGCCUCCCUCUCCUUGCCAGCUACACCCGUUGGAAAAGGAUCAGAAAACAGUUUUCCUUCCCCAAAAGCUAUACCAAAUGGAUUUGGUACCAGCCCCCUUACUCCUUCAGCUAGAAUAUCAGCACUCAACAUUGUGGGAGAUCUGUUACGAAAAGUGGGGGCCUUAGAAUCCAAAUUAGCUGCUUGCAGAAAUUUUGCAAAGGACCAGGCAUCAAGGAAAUCCUACAUUUCAGGGAAUGUUAACAGUGGCAUGAUGAACAGCAAUGGCACAAAGUACCCUCACCCGGGCCAUACUUCUUUCUUUGACAAAGGGGCAGUAAACGGCUUUGACCAAGGUCCCCCUGGCCUGGGAGCCUCUCGUCCAUCCUCAGCACCUGGGAUGCUACCUCUGAGUGUAUGAGCCCCUGGGAGGUCCUGUUGGGACUCGUGGAUGCUUUUCUCAGCCCACCAAGAGCAGAACUUCCUCCUGAUCCCUUCCUUCCCGGUCCCAGCCUGCUGGAACAUGGCCGCCCCCUGGUGCCCGAGGAGCCGCCCUUUCUCAGGGCCCUCCAGCUGAUGUUAAUACAGUUUCUUUCCCCCCGUUGCUCUAGCAGAUGUGCUCUGUCCCUCUGCCACACCACUGAGUGCUCUGUUUCCGGGGAUGCAGGAGCCCUGCUUGCCAAAUCUUGGGGCCCUUGGCUUUCUCUCUCCUCUAACUUAGGUUUGGUGUCACACAAAUGUUGGCUGCUCCUCUGAAAGGCUCCUCUGCUCCAGGCCUGCCCCCCCAUCCCACCCCUGGGGACAUGCAGCUCCUGCCCUCCCCAUCCAGCUCUGGACCUGGGGUGAGGACACAGGGCACUGCAGGUGGGAGAGUUGUGGAUGGGAAUGGAGGUCCAGGUAUGUGACUGAGCAGCUUCACACAUUCCUGCCUGGCCAGCACCAGGGUGUCACUGCUGCAGUGUGUGUCCCUCCUGCUGGGGUGGGAGUGGGCUGGGGGAGGGGGGCUGAGCCUACCCAGGAGUCCCCCAGCACAUCAGGAUCAGGCUGCUGGGGGGCUGGGACUGAGCAAGGGCAGGAAGGAGGUGGAGGUGCUGGGCAGUGCACAGAAGGGGGACCCUCAUGGGGCCAGCAGAGGUUGGUGGCAGUGUCAGCUGCCUUAGGGGGAGCUGUGGGGAACUGAGCACUGCUGAGGCAUAUCCCCAGCCUGGCUGUGGGGCAGGGAUGUGUCCUGCCCCUGUCCCAGCUUCCCUGCCCCACUCUCCCCAGCCCUCAUCAGCCAAACUCCCCCACACCUCCACAGCAGGGACUCCAUGAGGAAGGCACUCGUCCCACCUGGCUGCAGUGCCAUGAAACCCCAUCCCAGGCCCCUGUAGCCAUCACAGCCAUGUUCUGAUCUCUGUAAUAUAUGAGUGGGUUCCGCAGUGUCACCUCCAGGCUUCUGUGACAGUUUUGGGCGACUCUGUAGCAUGUGGGUCUGUCAGGCAGCAUAUUUGUGUGAGUUCUCUAUUUGCCUCAGAGGUGGUGGAUUAAAAAAAAAACAAACCCAUCAAACGCAGAGAAAUGUGAACUGUGGCUUUAGAAAUGGUCAUUCCUAGGCUGCUCCUUCUCCUUCCAUUGGCUCUGCAGCUCCAAGUUGGUUUCUUUCCAAGCGCUAAGAAAACCCAUUGGCUCCAGCAGCAAGGAGCUGGGCAGCCCCCACCCUGUGCUGUUGGGGUUUGUGUGGUUCCUCCUUCCUUGUGCAUCCUCUGCUGCAUUUGACUGUUUACAUUUGUUUUAUUGUACAUAGGUUUGUAAACAUACAAUCUUUGCCUAAGAUCUUUGUACAUAACUUGGGCUUUGUAGCUUUAUUUAUUCAGAACCUAUAUGGCUUGUUUCAAUAGGACAGUGUACCAUACCACCCUGGUGACACAGAUGUAGUUUAAAAAAAA